AUGUCGCAUUUGGCGGACAGAGUCAAGAAUCCAGAUGUACAGAAGAAUGUCUGGGUCGAGUUCGUCGGUCUUGCCAUGGAGAAUCAGGCGCUCAACGUCGGCCAGGGAUUUCCGAAUUUCCCGCCGAUUCAGCACGUGAUGGACGGAUUGUCGAGCAUUCCCGUGGAGAAUCAUUUGAACAACCAGUACACCCGUGGAUUUGGGCACGCCCCCUUCAUCCAAGCUCUUGGAGAUUUUUACGGACCCCUGUUUGAUCGAAAAUUGGACGUCCACAACGAAAUUUUGGUCACGGUCGGAGCUUACUACUCUCUUUACGCCGCUACUCAAGCUCUGAUCAACCCUGGCGAUGAAGCGAUCAUCAUCGAGCCCUUCUUCGACUGCUACGCCCCAAUGGUCCGCUACGCCGGCGGAACUCCCAAGUUCAUUCCUCUUAAACCAGCUGGAAAAGCGAACGACGCAAACGACUGGAAGCUCGAUAUGGAUCAUUUGCAGUCGCUGGUUACUGACAAGACGAAAGUGAUCUUCUUCAACAAUCCAAACAAUCCGCUCGGCAAAGUCUUCACUCACGAAGAAAUUCAAGCGCUCUGCGAUUUCUGCAUCAAGAACGAUAUCAUCUGUCUGGCAGACGAAGUUUACGAGCAUUUGGCUUACAAUCCCCAGCCUCAUCUCAGAAUUGGAAACUACCCGGGAAUGUACGAAAGAACGAUUACCAUGGGUUCGGCAGGAAAGACCUGGUCUUGCACUGGAUGGAAAAUCGGAUGGUCGAUUGGCCCACCAGAUCUCAUCAAAGCCAUGCAGAUUGUCUGGCAAAACUCAAUCUACACCUGCGCCACUCCGCUCCAAGAAGCGUGCGCUCGAUCCUUCCGCCUUGAAAUGGAGCGUCCCUUCGAUGGACACCCAAAAGACAACCCAGACUCGUACUUCAGAACUCUUACCGAAGUCGAACUCAAGCCAAAGCGGGAAAAGAUGGCGAAAAUCUUGGAAAGCGUUGGAAUGAAGCCGAUCAUUCCCAAUGGCGGUUACUUUAUGAUCGCUGAUGCUAGUCCCUUGGCAAAGAUUAUUCCAGAAGCGGAACUAGAUGAUUCCAAUGAUCCGUGGGAUUAUAAAGCUGUUCGCUGGAUGUGCCGCCAAAAGAAAAUCGCCGCGAUUCCCAACUCCGCCUUCUACAGCGAAGGCCACAAGAAAGAGUACGAAAACUACAUCCGCUUCUGUUUCGCCAAAGACGACGCCACGCUCGAUAAAUUCGAAGAAAUGAUGGUCGCAGGCUUCAAGCAAUAA